AUGCUGAGAGAAACAAAACUCAAGGAAACAGAAUGGGAUUUUCUGUUACCGGUUGUACAAGCCAACAUCAACCAAUCGCUGGUGGCGACGCUGGACCACACAAGCCCCAUGGAAUGCUUCACAGGCUUGGAGUCGACCACAGCGCUCAACACCAUCAAGAAACUACGGCAAGCUGUGGAGGAACUACAAGAAGUUCACUCAACAAUCGUCGACAAACGGUGCGCCGCCGAAAACAAGCGAAUGCUUGAGAAGGUAAACCAAAACGAAAUGAAUGUCACAGAAGGAGACUUUGUGCUUUGGUCCCGCGUGGAUAAGAACACACACAACCCCAAGCUACUGGCCACGUGGAUUCGCCCCUUCCGAGUCCUCAAGUGCCUGCUCUACUCAUGUGUCAUAGAACAAUUGAUUACGGGUGUACAGCGCGAAGCACAUCAGUCACGACUCAAGUUCUACGAGGAAAACCACUUUCAGGUUACUGAAGUAAUUAUCGACCACGUCAGUGAGCAAGGGACCACACUGGUUGUUGACCCAAUCGAAUACGCAAGGCGCAACCCUGGUUCUAACCAAUGGGAAUUACUAAUCCGAUGGAAAGGCCUAGAGAGCCUCGAAGCAAGCUGGGAACAGCUCCCGGCGAUGCGCCAGGAGGUCUCAUCUUUGGUGCAGUCGUUUGCCGACCAAUUGCAAAACGGCGCUAAACGCGAAGGGCUGGUCGCGGCCCUAGAAUGGUUGUAG